GAUAUGUUCAUUCUCUCCCUUGCUCACUAAAUCAAUUGUUUCUGACUGGCUCAAUUCCAUUGAAGUUUAUUGUUCCCUCUCUCCCUCUCUCUCUCUCUCUCUCUCUCUAGCUGGACGUUCUCCAUGGAUUUCUUGGCUCCUGUGGUUCUCAGACCUAAGGACUUGAAAAAGAGAGAGAGAGAGAGAGGUUAAGACGUUUACGGAACUAGGACAACUGAGGUCUGAUGAAAGAGAUCCUUCAUGACCAGUUGCCAUUUGUCCCUGGAAAAAAGUUUGGAAACUCUCAAUAGUUCCAGGAAAGCUCCUGACAUUCUGACCAGAGGAGGGGUGUGGGGUCUAUCCCUCCAUCACCCACCGGGCUUUCAUCACAUCCAGCCCCCUCAGAGGAUUCCCCAUCGGAGAGAACCAGGUCCUCAGAAGCUUGAGAAGAAUAUUUCACAAAUUCAGCGCCACAUCCAGUGGAGACAGACCAGCGUUCUCAGACACCCACACUUCCUGCCAGUAUACAGGCUUUCCUCAUCAGGGGCAGUGCACGCUGUGUUUGUGCACAUGUGCGUGAGUGUACGAGCGGCACAUCUUCUUCCAGGUCAUGCAAAACUAGAAGAGAAAAAAGAAGAGAAAGCAAGCAAGAAUAUUAUGAGGCUUGUACAGGAGUGUCUGCCCCCCGCUGGCUCACGGACACCCUGCACAAAACAAGCAGCAUUCUUCACAUUCCCUUUCCAUCCCCUCUGUACAUUGGGACCCAUGUCAAAAGGUCAUCACCCUUGUGGCCUUGUGUGCUCCAGCUGUCGCCUACGUCAGGAGCUCCUGAAUCGUUUCAGCCCUAAAAUAGUCUGCAAACUUUAAUUUUAGGAACAACUUGGAAUAACCCUGGCUCCCAUUCACAGCAUUGUUCCUAUGCUAGAACAGUUCACAAGGCAAGAUAAGGUAAAGCAAGUUUCUUUAUGUAUUUCAUACACAAUGACGAUUCAAAAGGGAAAUUGGUAUCUAAUCUAUAUUUCAGAUGCAUUUACUUAUGUCAAUAAGCAGGUGAUCAUUAUUGUAAAAAAUAACCCCCUUCUGUGUGAUGCAAAAUCUGUUUAAAGUAAUAUAUGUAUAGUUUUUCAUAUGUGAUUUUAGUAUUACAAUGUUUUUUUGAUGCUAGACACAUUUUUUCGGCAUUAUUUAUAACGGAUAUUAUAUUAACAAGUUUCCUUUAACUGGGUGAUUGCUCUUAAAG